AUGUACUUUUUCAUCAACAAUUUGGCUUUCCUAGAUCUCAGUUAUUCCACUGCCAUUACGCCCAAGAUGCUGAUCAAUUUCUUAAUGGGAAAGAAAACCAUUUCCUUUGCGGGAUGCAUGGCACAAAUGUAUCUGUUUGCUUCCUUUGCAGAUGCAGAGUGCCUCCUGCUGGCUGCCAUGGCGUAUGACCGCUACAUGGCCAUUUGUAAUCCACUGCUCUAUCCUGUUCUCAUGUCCCGCAAGUUUUGUGUUUGGCUGGUAGCUGGCUCUUACCUCACGGGCAGUUUGAGCUCACUGACGCACACUUAUUUUACAUUCCACCUUUCCUUCUGCAAUUCCAACAUCAUCAAUCAUUUCUUCUGUGACAUCCCACCACUGUUAGCCCUCUCCUGCUCUGACACUCACAUCAACGAGACCCUCCUCUUUGCCCUCUGUGGUUUCAUCCAAACUAGCACUUUUGUGUUCAUCCUGAUCUCUUAUGCCUGUAUCCUGUGCGCUGUCCUGAAGAUCCCCUCUGCAGAAGGCCGCCACAAAGCUUUUUCGACUUGUUCCUCCCACUUGAUUGCUGUUGUCUUAUAUUAUGGUGCUCUGCUCUUCACUUAUUUACGGCCAAGCUCCAGCUAUGUUCUGGACACAGACAAAAUUAUCUCUGUGUUUUAUACUGUAGUUUUCCCCAUGUUGAAUCCUUUGGUCUACAGCUUAAGAAAUGAAGACGUGAAGGACUCUCUUAGCAAACUGUUACAAAGAAAAAUGAUGGUGCUUCCAAAGAUCAAGAGUUGCUCUUAG